AUGACACCACCACCGCCCCUCUUUCACGCCCUCCUGCGCCCCGCUAUUCUCCAGAUCCUCCGUGCUACGGGCUACCACGGCGCCAAAAUAUCGGUCCUCGACUCAGUCACCGACCUCGCAGCGCGGUACUUGCUGCACCUCUGCCAGCUCACAGCAGUCUACGCGACCCACAACAAUGAUCAAAUAGACCUCGCGACCGAGGAAGAUGACGGCAUCCCCAGCACCGACAGGGCUAUCGUGACCCCGGGUGUUCCUGCGCCCACCAUUGUUGACGUCCGCAUGGCUCUCCAACGCGCCGGCGCUCUUCUUCCGGAGAGGGUCCCCGAGGAACAGGAGUAUCUCGGUGAGGAGGACAUGCGUGGCGUGGAGAAUUUCAUUGAGUGGGCUACGGGGGCUUUGAAUCGAGAGAUUGGGAGGAUUGCGCUGGAUGGGGAUGAUGAGGCGAGGGAUUAUUUGGAUGCUCUCAAAAAGAAACACAGCAAAAACGACGACGACUCCAAGUUUCUCGGCACACUCCUCGGCAAGAGCAUCGAGCACGGCGAUGUGCUCGUGGAAGGAGGCGAGUGUCCCAGUAUUUCCCUCUGGGAGGAACGACUCCGCACCGCGGGCCAGAAAGCGCCCGAGCCGCCCGUCCUGGAGAACCUUCUGGCAGGGAUCAACGGAACGCACGAAGGGGGUGAAGAUGGAGAGGAGUCGCGACCGCCGAGCUCCGGGCUUAGUUCGCUCGGGGACAGGAGUAUCGCAGACGAGAUGGAUUUGUCAUAG